UCGCCAAGUUGGCCAAUCCGACCCAUUUCCGAACAUCGCAAAAUUGGGUCAACGCCGCCUGUUACUACUUCAACCUCUUGCCUCUUGAUUGGGUAGCGUUUAAGCUCACUGGAUUAGAGCUCUCACAGGUCGGCGACCAAUUCUCAUACGAGCUCCGGCGGAUAAACAAUUUGAUGGCGUACAAUCCCUCAAACGGUGAACUCUGACAUCUUGCAAAUCAAAUUCUUGUGCGUCGUUCUGGUCUCAUAAUUAAUUACACUUAUAAAUGGAAACAGAAACGAUUCUCGAGCAACUGAAGCAUGGAUUCGCCGACUUCCAAAUAGCAUCUUCUCCGGUUCUUUCAGUUUCUAGUCACUGCUCUCAGAAUGCACCUCCCGCCGCGUUUCUCACUAGCAUCACCCAUAAAUUCUUUGCCAGAAUUGGACCUUCACUAGGUCAAGGUUCGCCGGCGAUGAAGAAAUUGGAGCGUUAUUCAGUUCAGAAAAUUACUGGCGAUGGACGCUGCCUGUUUCGUGCUCUGGUUAAAGGAAUGGCUCAAAACAAAGGUGUAAUGCUCAAUCCACGAGAAGAGAGAGAGAAUGCAGAUGAAUUACGGAUGGCUGUGAAAGAGGUUAUUUGUGAUAAUGAUAAAGAGCGUCUUAAGUAUGAAGAGGCAUUGAUUGCUAUAACUGUCGAGGAAUCUUUGAAACGUUACUGCCAACGUAUUGGACGGCCUGAUUUCUGGGGUGGAGAGUCGGAGCUACUGGUGCUAUCGAAGUUGUGCUGCCAGCCAAUAAUUGUGUACAUACCCCAACAUGAGCAUGGCGGAUGGGGAUCCGGUUUUAUUCCCAUUGCUGAAUAUGGAGCCGAGUUUCGUAAAGGCACCAAGAAUGUAAAGCAGCGGAACGUUGUGAGACUACUGUACAGCGCACCCAAGCACCUCUCCAAGUUUUACCUUUCAGCCUACCUCGACUCUUUAAAAGACUCUGGCUGGAGCAUUUUCCCGGUGAAGGGAAUUUUCCCAAAGGAGUGCCCCGUCACAUCCUCCGAAGCCUCCAAUGGUUAUGGGCAGCGAUUGUCACCUGCAGACGCUGAGAGGAUUACCAAGUCUUGCAACUUGGCUCCAAGGGCACAUCCAGAGGUGAAGGUCAAUCUCAGCAUCAUUCUGAUCCCUAUCUUCAGUAUAGACAACCAAAAAUAUUGUCAGACGAUGAAGACGAGGAUUUGAAAGCUGCAAGCUUGAUCGA